AUGUUUUUAACGAGAUCUGAAUACGAUCGCGGAGUAAAUACUUUUUCACCUGAGGGACGUUUAUUUCAGGUGGAGUACGCGAUCGAAGCUAUUAAGUUGGGUUCCACAGCAGUAGGAAUUCAAACUUCUCAUGGUGUCGUCUUGGCUGUUGAAAAACGCGUCACUUCUCCAUUAUUAGUAUCGAGCAGCAUCGAAAAGAUUAUGGAAAUUGAUUCGCAUUUAGGGUGUGCUAUGAGUGGUUUAACUGCUGACUCCCGCACUAUGAUUGAUCAUGCCAGAAUUGAAGCUCAGAAUCACAGAUUUACUUAUAAUGAAAAAAUUAAAGUCGAAUCCGUUACACAAGCUGUUUGCGAUUUGGCUUUAAGAUUCGGAGAGAGUGCUCAUGGUGAAGAAUCAAUUAUGAGUAGACCUUUUGGCGUCGCCUUGUUAAUUGCCGGUAUCGAUGAGAAAGGGCCUCAAUUAUAUCACGCAGAUCCAUCGGGAACAUUUAUGCAAUAUGACGCGAAAGCUAUCGGGUCUGGAUCCGAAGGUGCACAAACUGAAUUAAACGAAGAAUAUCAUAAAUCUCUCAGUUUGCAAGAAGCAGAAACUUUAUCAUUAAAAGUCUUGAAACAGGUAAUGGAAGAAAAGUUGAACAACACAAAUGUUCAAUUAGCUGCUGUCACAGAAGAACACGGAUUUAGAAUUUAUAGCGAAGAAGAGUUACAAGUUGUGAUAGAUAGAUUAUAA